GACAGUCUAUCUGCAAUCACCUUUGACUCUGACUUUGAGACGAAAACAAAAAGGAAAAGUUUCCACAAACCUCCACCCACAUCACCAAAAUCACCCUAUCACUCUAAGCCAAGAAAAGUGUCAUCCUGGAGGUCCCUCAGGACCACAGCAAGCAUGCCUCUGGGUGGUCGAAUGUCCUUAACCCCACAGAAGCUGUGGCUGGGAACUCCGAAACAAGGAAGUCUGACCCAACCCCUGAAAUCAAACCUCACCUUGGAGCAUGCAUGGACCAACCCUCCCAGCAGCACUCCUGACUAUCUGACAGAAGCUUUAAGAAUGAAGAGGUCAAACCUCAGGCGUUCUGCCAGCAAUGGUCACGUCCCUGGGAUUCCUGUCUACAAAGAGAAAGAAGAUAUGUAUGACGAGAUUAUUGAGCUAAAGAAGUCAUUACACAUGCAGAAAAACAAUGUGGAUCUGAUGAGGACAAAGCUUCGGCGCUUAGAAGAGGAAAAUAGCAGGAAGGAUCGGCAGAUAGAGCAGCUCUUGGAUCCCAGUCGAGGCUCGGAUUUUGUUCGCACUCUGGCAGAAAAAAGGCCUGAUACUGGUUGGGUCGUUAAUGGGCUGAAGCAGAGGAUUCUGAAGCUGGAGCAGCAGUGCAAGGAGAAGGACACCACCAUCAGCAAACUCCAGACUGAUAUGAAGACCACCAACUUGGAAGAGAUGAGGAUCGCCAUGGAGACAUACUACGAGGAGAUUCAUCGUCUCCAGACUCUCUUGGCAAGUUCUGACACUACAGGAAAGAAGCCUGCAGGGGAGAAGAAGGUGGGCAUUAAGAGGCAGAAGAAGAUGAGCAGCGCUAUCCUGAACUUGUCUCGGAGUGUCCAGGAGCUGACAGAGGAGAACCAGACCCUGAAGGAAGACCUGGACCGUGUGCUGAGCAACUCUCCCACCGUCUCCAAGAUAAAGGGUUACGUGGAGUGGAGCAAGCCCAGGCUGCUGAGGCGCAUUUCGGAGCUGGAAAAGAAAAUCAGUUCAAUGGAGAGUUCAAAAUCAGACGCCUCAGACCUGGCCAAAUCCAAUCCGCUGGCUCGUCCUGCAUCGAGCUCCACAGUGCACAGACAGCCACAAGGGGACCGGGACCCCCAGGAGGACCAGGAGCAUCUCCGAGGGGCCGUGAGAAACCUGAAGGGGGAGCGGAAUGCCCUGCAGAGGCAGCUGCUGGAGAAAGAGCUGGAAGUGAAGCAGCUGCUGCAGACGAAGGCUGACUUGGAGAAGGAGCUAGAAAAUGCAAGGGAAGACAAGAAGGAGAGAAGAGAACGAGAGGAGGCUUUGAGAGAGGAAAUUCAAACACUUAUCAACAAAUUUCAAGAACUGCAAGAAAUUAAGAAAGAAGAGAAAGAUGAUCCCGUGGAAGCUAGUCAUCAGACCCAAGAAGAACUCCGAGCUUCCGCUCCCAGCAGCAGACACUCUGAGCCAGACUGGGAUGCAGACUCGAGUGAGGAGGGGCUCUUGCCUUCCCGCCCCUCCUGCACCAAAGGGAGAAGAGACACUGCGGCCAGGACCCUGCAGGCCCAGUGGAAGGUGUACAAGCACAAGAAAAGAAAAGCUGUUCUGGAUGAGGCGGCUGUAGUGAUUCAGGCAGCUUUCAGGGGACAUCUGGCUCGGGCAAAGCUCUCACCAAGCAAAGCAUGUGACUCAGAACCUUCCAGCAUGCCCAGCCUCCCAAAUCAGAGCUCUCCCACGCCCCGCAUCCCGAGCCCCAUCGCCCAGGCCGAGGGCAGCCCCAGGCAAGAGGAGGCCAUCACUGUCAUCCAGUCCGUCCUCCGGGCACACCUGGCCCGGGCCAGGCACAGUGCUACCAGUAAGGGAACCACCACCACAGCUUGUGCUGAGAGGUCUGCUUCAGCCACACACAAGGAAACCUCCUCUCCACCCUUCCUUGCAGCUCCUCCUGGGAAGGACAACGAGGCCAGCAGUGGGGAGGCUGCGGGGACGAGGAUGGGCCGGGGGAGUCAGCAGCCCCGAGGCCCUGCCCUGGUGAGUGUGGGGGCGAUGGCAGGCAGAGGUCUCGCCUUCCCAAGGGUUACAGGUUAGGGAAGAGGCCAUGACCCCAAGCCUGCCUCAGACCCCAUGGACUGAAUGCCCUUGGGGACCCCUGUCCGUGUUGGG